AUGGGUAGAGAGACAGUUAUUGGGUUGGUGGGGAAGCCAUCAAGUGGGAAAUCCACCACCCUUAAUUCCUUAACUGAUGCCAAUGCAAAAGUUGGUGCCUUCCCUUUUACAACCAUUGAUCCUAAUAAAGCAACAGGAUAUCUUGAAGUUGAUUGUGCUUGUUCAAGAGUAGGUCAAAGUCAUUUAUGUAAACCUAAUUAUGGUUAUUGUCGAGAUGGUAAAAGAGGAGUUCCAAUCAUGCUUUUAGAUGUAGCAGGUUUAGUCCCCAAUGCUCAUUUAGGUCGUGGUUUAGGAAAUAAAUUUUUAGGUGAUUUAACAGAAGCUGAUUGUUUAAUUCAUAUUGUUGAUGUUAGUGGGACAACUGAUGCUGAAGGUAAAGCUACUAGAGGGUAUGAUCCAUUACAAGAUAUUGAAUGGUUACAAGAUGAGAUUUUCCGUUGGAUUUUAGGAAAUUUAAUGGAAAAAUGGCCAUCUAUUGUAAGAAGACAUAUUGCUACCAAAUCAACUACUGCUGAAACUUUACAAGCUCAAUUAGGAGGUUAUUCUGCUAAUUCAAGAAUCAUAUAUAGAACACUUGAUUUAAUUCCUCAUAUUGCUCCUUUAAAUGAAUGGGAUAAUGAUAUGAUUGAAACAGUGAUUAAAACUUUCAUGCAAGUUAAAUUCCCCACUGUAUUAUCAUUAAAUAAAAUGGAUCAUCCUGAUUCUGAUAAAAAUGUAUCCAAAAUCAUUUUAAAAUAUCCCAACCUGAAAAUAGUAUUAACUUCAGCCAUAACAGAAGUAUUCUUAAGAAAAUUGGCUAAUCAAAAUUAUAUUAAAUAUGAUCUGGGAACAGAAUUUAUCGAUACUAUAGAUGAUUUAGGACCUGAUCUGGGUUUGAAACCAUUAGAUGAGAAAGUCCGUAAUAGAAUUGAAAACAUACGAGAUUUAGUAUUAUAUAGAUUUGGAUCUACUGGUGUAAUAGAUUUAUUAAAAAAAGCAGUUGAAUUAUUAGAUUUGGUACCGGUUUACCCUGUUAAAAAUAUUCAUAAUUAUACGGGAGGGAAUGGAUCCAAUGUGUUCCGAGAUUGUUUAUUAGUUAAACGAGGUUCAUCAGUGGUAUCAGUAGGUAAAAAGAUUUUAGGUGAUGUUACUAUUGUUUCAAUUGAAGGACUUGGAGGUAUGAAAAUUGGUGAAGAAGAUACUAUUGAUAUUGGUAAAAAUGAUGUUUUAAGUUUUAAAGUGAUAUCAAGUCAUUAA